AAAUAUUCAUACCACGCAAUAAUAACGCCUAAAUUAACUGUUAAAUUGUAUAAAAUUAUUGAAUCUCUGCUUGUUAUCGGAACAUCCUGUGGAUUAUACAUUAGGUAUAGUUUUUAUCUGAACAUCCGUCGGCCCAAAUGUAUUGUCGCAAAACGUUUCGCUCAGAGACCAGUCGCGGUACUAUGUUGUUUGUUGUGGUAUUAUGUUUGGCUGUGCUAACUAAUGGAAAAGAUUUACAAUCUUACUUGACUGACGCAUCAUGGGAUGAUGUGAUCGCGGCGGGCGGCCUGCACAUCGGGCAAGGAAGGACUAAGAGAUUUGUUGAACUGAAUACAACACAGCCCGACGUCGCCCACCAGCCAUGCUUCCUACCAAAUGGCAAGCGCGGCCGCUGCCGGCACGUGCAGCACUGCAUGCUGCAGGACUUCAAGGCUGACUUCCUAAAGUACAUGGACUAUCUCUGCGUUAUCAAACGAUCUUCUCUUGGCGCUUGUUGCCCUGAAGACUUCAGCGCGGGUCCCGAGGCUCUGGCCGGGGACCUGCCCGCUACCGCCUCCCGGGACGAGUCCCAAGUAGUCACCAGAAUAGUGCGCGCAGAGAACAGAGGAUGCGGCAUGAGUACGCGUGCGAUGAGUCGCGUGGUAGGGGCGCGGCCGGGCAACCCGCGUGAUUGGCCAUGGAUGGCCUCCAUCACGCCGGAAGGCUUUGAGCAGUACUGCGGCGGCGCGCUCAUCACCGACAGACAUGUGCUCACCGCCGCGCACUGCACGAGAAGAUGGAAAGCUGAAGAACUGUUUGUCCGUUUGGGUGAAUACGAUUUGAAACGCACCAACGAUUCCCGCACAUACAACUUCCGUGUGGUAGAGAUCCGUCAGCACAAAGACUACGAUGCCUCCAACUACCAACACGAUAUCGCCAUCCUGAAGCUGCACCGCGCCGCCGUCUUCAACACAUACGUGUGGCCUAUCUGCCUACCCCCGUUGGGACUCGACCUGGUUGAUAAGAUUGCUAUUGUCAUCGGCUGGGGCAAUAUUUACUUCGGCGGGCCGCACAGCGACGUGCUGAUGGAGGUGUCAGUGCCGGUCUGGGAACAGAACAAGUGCCGCGAAUCCUUCACUGCUACCGUCUUUGACGAAAAUAUGUGCGCCGGCGGACCUGAGGGUGGCAAGGACUCUUGUCAGGGCGAUAGUGGUGGGCCGCUGAUGUACCAACUGUCGAGCGGUCGCUGGGCGGUUGUGGGUGUGGUAUCUUGGGGCGUCCGUUGCGGGGAGCCACAACAUCCUGGACUGUACAUUCGCGUCGACAAGUACUUGCCAUGGAUUGCGGAAAACGUCAUCUUCUAAUUUGUUCGUAUAUGUCAUUUGAAGAUGGAAAGUGAACGCCAAUCUGAAGAAAUUCUUGUGCUGUCGUAACGGCAUAUAGGCUACCAUA